AUGGUCCAUUCGGAUUCGACCCAACCGACCGAUAGGUCAGGAUCUACUGUUCACCAACCACAGUUACACGAAGCCAACAACCCAACGGCUUCGGAUGACAAUGAAAUUGGUGCGAUCUCUGCUAUAGUCCCCGGUCAAGGGAGUUUCCAUACUCCUCCGCUUUAUAUCGAAAAGUCUUCAGCAGACCCUCUGCAGGAUGUAACUCUGCAGCACCACUCACACCCACAUCAUCUGCCUUCGCUUCAGAUUCGCACGGAUCUAUCAAACGCCAGCCAGAUGAGCCCGCCAAGAGAACCCGAGUCAUUCGUGCACCACAGCAUCUCGUCCAGCAGCCUGCCCCGGCGCACUCCAAGCUUGCGCGGUCUGUUCGCCGGUCCUCCAACCAGCGCAGGAUCCCUGACUUUGUCUCCCGCCUCGCUCAUAUCUUCCCCUCAGCUUAUGGCCAUGGGAGACAUCACGCCUUUGCCAUCGCCCAUCGGUGGCAUGUCGCCAUGGAAACUACCACGGCGCAAUUCCCAGUCCUUGUCUCGGACGCCUUCAGUAACCUCUCGCAGCGGUUCCAGUCUCGGUUUGCGACUGAGCGAUUCCUCACAAAUGCUCGGUACGAGCGAGUCCCGGCCACGAAGCAGGCAAUACAUGCUCCCCGACAAGCUGUCCGACACACCCAUUGAGACACCCAUCGAGUCUCCAACAAAACCCCGUCAAGGAUCUGGAUCAAAGCAUUCUCGCAACCGUAGUCUCAGUGAAUAUGUACCUCCCGGUCGGGCUAUCCCCGUCAAGCCACGGCCUAUUGCAGUUUCAGGACCAGGAAUGCCGCCGGGCAUCACUGCAUCUGUCAGUACCGACUCGAAAACGAACAACAACAGCAAUAACCUUCAUCGCGAAGAGUAUCUGGCCGUCCACCGUGGGAUCGCAUUGCCCACGGUCCGUCCUCCUACGCCCCCUCGCAGCAGUCGCAGUGGCUCCGAUGAACGCGAUGACGAACCCGUUAUAACACCGUUAGCCUCCGGCCCCGAUGAGAUAUACUCGGUACGCUCUGUGCACACGCAACAACGUCGCAAGUAUCGCAAGAUACGUCAGCUAGGUCACGGAACAUUCAGUCAAGUCUCCCUCGCUGCACGUAUAGAAAGACGAGAAAGCGACGACGAAACCAUGUUUUCCAGUCUACAAGACGUGAAUCUGGUGACACAGAAACUUGUUGCAGUAAAGAUUAUCGAGUACGGGCCGGCAGGUGGUGCAGAUGAGGAGCGCUUGGAGGUUUCCCUCAAGCGCGAGGUCGACAUACUCAAAUCUGUCAACCAUCCGUCGUUGGUACAGUUGAAAGCCUUUGGUAGCGACGAGAAGCGCGCGCUCUUGGUUCUGGACUACUGUCCCGGAGGGGACCUUUUUGACGUGGCAUCAUCGAGUCCACGGCCAAUGAGUCCACAACUCAUUCGUCGUAUUUUCGCCGAAUUGGUGGCGGCCGUGCGCUAUUUGCAUGCGAACUUCAUUGUGCACCGCGACAUCAAACUUGAGAACGUACUUGUCAACCUGCCAAUGCAAGCAAUGGAAACGAUCACGGAUUGGCGCACGUACGAUCGAGCCGUCAUCACCCUCAGCGACCUGGGUCUGUCCCGACGAAUACCCGAGCCUCCCGAAAGCCCUCUUCUCCAGACCCGGUGUGGGAGCGAAGACUACGCGGCGCCUGAGAUUUUGAUGGGACAGCCGUACGAUGGACGAUCAACAGACGCAUGGGCCCUGGGAGUGUUGUUAUACGCUAUGAUGGAAAAUCGGCUUCCGUUCGACGCAUUGCCGGGCACCCGAGGCGACCCUGCCAAACUCCGCGCGCGAACGCCCCACCGCAUCGCACGAGUCGAGUGGUCCUGGUACCGAUAUGCCGACAGCGAUGACGAAUGGGAUCCUGAGAAAGGCAAAGACCUAGAAGGUGCCCGCGAUUGCGUCGAGGGGCUAUUGAAACGCAACACGAAACGGAAAAGCCUGGACGAGAUCGCGUCGAUGGCGUGGAUUAAGGAGGCGAUCGACAUACCCGGCGAACUAAAGAGGGGGGAUAAGGAAGUGCCAUAG